AUGCAGGCGACAUCUACACCGACCAAUUUUGAGGGAGCCCCAAGAAUUACCAAGGAGUAUACCUUAGACUUCAUGGACGAAGAAGAAGACAUUGUUGGGCUGGCAUCGCCGGAUCUCAGACUUGAUGAUGCCGCACUAUUGCGGUGGGGGUGGUUCAACGUCGAAGACGUUCAUCUAGUCACUUUCAACGACAACGGUUUUGGAAAUCUCGUCCUCUCUAGUCACAAGAAACAGCUACUCUCAUCUCUCAUUAUGUCUCAGAACUUAGAAGGAUUUAGUACCGAUGACUUCGUCGAGGGUAAAGGAAAAGGUGUUAUCAUUCUGCUAAACGAGGUGGUGGCAGAUCACGCUCGCCGCCCACUUCUCACGGCCAAUUCAGGCCAAUUCAUUGGCUCGCCGGCUGAAGUCGAAGUAUCUCUAGCUAAACUGCUUCAAAGUGCUACACGGUGGGGAGCUCUAGUGCUAUUAGACGAAGCAGAUGUUUUUAUGCAAGCUCGUAACUUGCAAGAUCUGGAGCGCAACGGAAUUGUUUCCAUGCUGCUGCGCACCCUUGAGUACUUUGAAGGGACCCUCUUCUUAACAACCAACCGGGUUGGAACGAUUGAUAGCGCUUUCAUGUCCCGUUUUCACCUGACGCUCUCCUACGAGCCCCUUUCCGAAUCAGCGAGAAGACAACUCUGGGAUACCUGGAUAACACGAGCAUGUCGUAUUUGGAAUGGAGUUAACGCGAUGACACAGUUCCAGGAAGACUGUAGUGUCAGUGUCACUCGUCAAGAGGCUGAAAAGAGAUGGGAUCCAAAGGUUCCGGACUCGAAACCGAUGCCUUCAAAAUCAUGGCUUAAGACACUUUGCGACGGACGGCGGGAUGUGUUGUCUUAUCGCAACUGGAUUAUAGACUUGCAAACGUAUGGGAUUAUUGUGCCGCCUGCGUUUGUCGUAUUGAUGAUGCAGCCAUAUUGCAUGGAGCAUUCCCGUUGCAUUGUCGUGGAGGCCAGGAUUUGGACGAGUCAAACUCCUUGUAGGCUUCCAUCCUUGGCAGACUUCAACUUCUCUUUACACGAAAAAGAUACCAGGGCGUAUCAAAAUGCCCGCAAAGACGUAACUCAGCAGCGCAUCAUAGAGACACAUUCCUUUUCAGCGCAGAAAACAGCUCACAGGCUCCGUGAUGUGGAUUUGCCAAGAACCGAAAUCGCGUUCAGCGACAUUACACCCCAAGCAGCAUCCAAUAACGUCCUCAAAAAACCCAGUCUGAGUCUCCGUUGGGCAGCUCCUAAAGUUCGCGCGGGCUUGGCGAUCAUGAUAAGCUUAAAUGCUCCUGCCGCAUGCUCUCCAUCCCCCGAGAGACUGAACGGUGUUUGUGGGCUUCUGAGUAACGGGCUUCCUGUUUCUGUCUACUCAUUCCGUUGGCAUAUUGAGAUGCCUGUUUGGGGCAACGGGUCCUGCCGCCGUCCUGGCUGA